AUGGGUCGGGAAGAAAGCCAUCAACCCACUUCCUUUCACUCUUCCAUUGCUCUUCUACAAGAGAGGUUUAGACAAUUGCAGAGAGUAAAACAAAUGAGGGAGGAGAGGGAGCUCCAGAAGAUGCUCAAUCAACCUAAACAAUUCACUUCCAACUCCACUCUCACUUAUCACAACCCUCAAUUCAUCAUGCCAUCCACCUCACCACCCCACGUUUCUCUCUCCCUCUGGCCAUCUUCUCACCCCAAUCAAGACCACUAUGCAACUCCUCCCACCCCGCUCUCAACCCACUCACAGUCCCUCCAGCUUUCAUGGAAGAACGUCUAUGAUUCUGACUCUGCAGCCGAUUCUGGUGUUGACACUUCUCUUCACCUCUGA